UGCCCCAAUAUGUCAUAACUAGACCAACUUUUGAGCCGAGCGCUGUUCCAGUGUUGUCUGUUUCCUACUACUCCGUGGUUUUGACGGUUUUGAAUGUAUUGCAUUGUGGCAUUUGUUUGAUUUCCUAACCUAACAAUAAUUUAACCCUCAAAGGGUGUACACCUUUUGUAUCAGAGAAUUAUCGAUUCGUUUCGUCUGUAAUUGAGUCUUACCUUUCGGUUACUUAGUAUUGCUUUGGUGCUAUUUUUGGGUCUUGUAUAUCCGCAAAAAUGUCGACUGACAAAAGGCCACGCGUAAUCGUUUUUGACUUAGAUUAUACUUUAUGGCCGUUCUGGGUCGACACUCACGUAACGCCUCCCUUCAAGAAAGGAAACGGUGGUCAAGUAGUAGACGCUCUGAAUCAUAAAAUUAAAUACUACCCUGAAGUACCGGAGGUUCUAAAGGAGCUGGUAAAAGACGGUUAUGAACUAGGAGUGGCAUCGCGCACUGGAGAAAUUCAGGGAGCUAAUCAACUGCUGAAUCUUUUAGGCUGGGAUAAGUAUUUCACAUACAAGGAAAUUUAUCCUGGCUGUAAAGUAACACAUUUCUCAAAAAUCCAAAAAAAUUCUGGCGUCAAUCUAGCUGAUAUGCUAUUUUUUGACGAUGAGCAAAGAAACAUCAAGGAUUUAACAAAAAUGGGUGUAACGUCAAUUUUGGUUCGCAAUGGUGUUAAUAAAGAAGUUGUUCAAAAUGGUCUACGACAAUUCGCACAGUAGUUGCAAUAAUAGGCAAAUUAAAUAAUUUAUUAUUUUUCAGUUGGCUUCAAAAUAUUUCAGUAACUCAAAUGAUGAUGCGUUUUAUUACAUAACAAAUUGAAAUAUUGUUCAAAUCGAUGUUUUAGUUGAAAUAAUCAAGAUUAGAUUAAUAAUGUAUAAUACAAAAUAUAUUUACAAAUUCACUUUCUGAAUACACUAAUAGAUACGUAUAAACAUAUACGAUAUUUUAGUGGAAGUUUUAUAAACAAUUUGAUCGGUUCACAGACAUGACGUAUAAGCAAACAAACGAAAGAUCAAACAGAACAAUACAAAUUUAAACAAUGCUUCAGUCUGUGGUCUUCAUUCAUUGCUAAAAGUAAGAAAUAAACUCAAUCGUAUUCUUUCAUUAGCUGAUAAUACUGUACCGGGCUGUUAAUAAAUGUGUUGUCAAUGUU